UAUCAUUUGAAAAUACGUGAGUGUUAAAAUAUUAGCUGUGUCGGAACAAUUGAUUGUAUAUGUAUACAUUUAUCUUUCUCUCAAUAGAUACUUUCCUCUCUGUUAGUUCCUCCGUCCUGCUCAUUCCUUCAAUCGUUCUUUCCAUCCUUUUUGUUUAUUAAUAUGCAUUGAAGUACCUUCACUUUAUUACGAAUGAAUCUUCCGAAGAAUAGGAUUGCGUGUCAAAGAAAAAACCAGUCGAUCGUUAUUCGAUCGAAAAUUGCCGUGUUAUUCUGUUGGAAUUAAGUGACCGGCUGAUUAAAAGUACAACGACAGAUAAAUUAAUGAAUAUGCAAAGUUUUUAAAUUUGUGUCGCGCGAAAUUUCCAAUUUUUUUCCAAAGGGUUGCAAUAAUGUCUAAAAAGAUUAAUUGCAACAAAAUGUUAGUUCACCAGUUGUCGUCUGUAUUACCUGAUGAUAGGCCCAUCACAGCCAUAAAUAUUGUUGAAGAUAUAGAUAAGUGUCCACCAAAUUUUACAGUGGUAUCACGAACAUAUGACCAAGAUACUGAUGCUGAUCUAUGGAGAGAAAGUGGACUUUUUAUUAAAAAGAAAGGUAGAUACAUAUGUUUUUCAAAGACUGAAGGAUUACCCCAGUGUGUGGUCGAAGAUAUCGUAGUCAUUAAUGAACGAGAUACUCCUCCAGAAGGAUAUAGCAUAAUUUCUUAUACUGUAGAUUCAAUGCAGAAGGCAUGGAGAAAGAAACAGGUGUGCUAUAAAAUUAGAAAUAAGGAACUAUGCUCGAAAGCAGUUACUGAUAUUAUCAUAUGUAGUAGAGUUAUACAUAAGGUUUAUACAUCUAAAAUGGCACCAAAUGGAUUUAUUGCUGCUGGUGUUAUUAACGGAGUUUGUGUUUGCUACAAAACUGUGGAUAUUGUAAAUGGAAAUUCAAAUUCACAGUCAUAUGUUAAUAUAGACUUACUACAAAGUGCUUCCCCAAAUCCAUCAAAUGGGACACCCCAUAGAAUACCGCCCGAGAGGCCACCAAAACCAAAGUUUUCGCCAAAACCAGCAAAUGGGGUUUAUCCAAAAAUUAGUGGAAGUGGAGGAAAGGAUACAGAGGAAUCUAACGAUAGAGAUUAUGAAAUUUUGAGUCCUAGUGCAAGAAUUAGACCUACGAGACCUGCUCCGCAACCCCCUACAUCAACAGUUGUUGGAUCUACAUCAAUUUAUGGUACACUACCAGGAUCUUCCGAUUUGGAUGGAGUCCCAUUUGUUCUUAAUCCACGUCUUAGUGUUCAUUCUGAUUCUUCUACUAAUAAACUUCCUGUGAUUAAAAUUUGGACUCAGAAAGACUUGGAUAAAGAGUUCUUUUACGAUUUUUGUGCAGAGAGAGAAACUUGAAGAAACCAUUGUGCCAAAUUAAUUGCGUGAUUGUUCACGCAAUUUUUCAGCUAUGUCUAUACAUUUGUAUUGAUAAUAUAGCACUAGCCAAGUGUAAUAGAGUGCCUGAACGAGUGAUUCAUACUAACCUACGAAAAUGGAAUUACUUUCAAAACAUUUACCGAUGAAAUGUUCGAAUUUAAAUAUUGUCCAUUUUCUAAAGUACUUUUCUCUUCCAUGCUCUAUUUAGAUUUUGAUACCAGUAACAGUUAGCACUGUAUUUUUAUAGAGUUGCGUUGUAUUUUUAUAGAUAGUAGAAGUUAUAUAUAUAUGUAUAUUAUAUAUAAUUGUAUCAUAUGUUCUAGUUGUUUAUAAAUCGCCACAAAAUACUUAAUAUUAUACUGGUGUAUUCCUAUUUCUUAAUCAAACGCAGGAAUCUUUCAAUAAAGUCAUCUUUAAUUUUAUUUCCAACAAAAAA